UGUCUUGUGUGUGUUUAGAUAAUUUUAGUGCUUAGCAAAAAACGCCAGCAGCGAAGUCCGUAUGUUGUAGAAAAAUUUCUUUACUGUUUGCCGACGAUUCUCUACCGGGUGGAAUUUGCAUGGAAUAAGGAAUGUAGAGUUUGUGUAAUGUUUGUGUCAUAAGCAUAAAGUGUUAAGUGAAUUAAUUGUAUUCUUGAAAGCGUUUGCAAAAUAUCGACUCGUUUUUCUUUCACGCUCCGAGCUGGGAUAAAGUGUUAUUUGGGGAGUAACUAUUGUGUUGUUACUAUCAGAAAGAGCAAAAUAGUGAACAAACCUCGAUAGAGAAGCAAUUUGCUCAGUAGAGUGUCAAGGAAAAGCGACGAAAAGUUCUAGCAGGAUGAUACACGGCCAUCCGCCACAGCCCCAGCAGCAAGCUCCUCAUCACAUGGCUCAUCCUCCGAUGCAGCCACCGCCACCACCGCAUCAGGCACCUCCGCCGCCACAUAUGCCCCACCUGACGAACGUUCCUCCGCCGAACGUUCCGCUUCCGGCAGCCAUGCCGCAGCCUCCCAGGGAACAUCCUGGACCAAGGAUUAGCAACCGGCAUCAUCAUUACCCCCGUGUGCCGGCCGGCAGUGACCAUCACCAGUCGAUGCCGGCCCCGCACAUGCCAAUGCAGCAGCAACCUCAGCACGGCUCCAGGAAACCUUCGUCACAGCACUAUGGCAGCGGCAUGGUGACCAGUGGCAGCGGCGGUAUGCCCCCGAAAGCGAUGGGCCAUCCCCCGAAGCCGCUACCGUACGGUAGCAGUAACAACAGCAGCCAUCACCAGCAUUCACAUCACCAGCAUCACCAACACAACAACAAUCAUCACAGUCAUCAUGGCCAUCAUAAUCACCAUGGCUCCGGCGUGAUUCCGGUGGUGUCUGCGGCUGGCCCAGGGGGAUCCAAAACACGCAUGAUUCCAGCGCAUGAACCCAAAAUCAAUCACAGUCACAGCAACGUCGCAGCUCCUCAAAACAACACAUCAAAUGCAAUUGUGGUUCAUAAGCCUGAUCCCGUUCAGCUAUCCGGCGGAAUUUCCUCCACUGCCACUCCUAUUCUGACACGCGAUAACAAUAGUAACGCUACCGUUAACAGCAUUUCAACUAACAGUGCCGCCACUGGCACUGUCACAAUUGUCGUUAGUAGUGGUGGUGGUGGUGGUGGUGGUGGUGGUGUCGGCGGUGGAGGAGGAACCGGAACAGGCACUAGUGGGACCAUUACAGGAACACCAACAGCUUCUCUAGUGGUUAACACGGUCUGUUCACCCGAUGGCAAUAUCAAUGAUUCAACCUCACAGUCACAGCUGCAGCAACCAUCCCAGUUGCUGUCGUCUGUACCAGAAACCUUGGCAAACACUAAAGAGAAAACCCCAAUGUGUUUAGUUAAUGAAUUAGCACGGUAUAAUAAGAUUCAGCACCAGUAUCGGUUGACCGGGGAGUCGGGCCCGGCACAUAAGAAACGAUUCACCGUCACGCUAAAGCUGGGCGAUGAAGAGUACACUGCGGAAGGUCCGAGCAUCAAGAAGGCUCAACAUAGUGCGGCACAUGAGGCGAUCGGUGCCACCAAAUAUAAACAUCCGCCGGCCAAAAUUAAUCGAGCGAAAUCCGGCGGUAAGACUAAUAUUGGUAACAUAACUCCGACGGUGGAGUUGAAUGCUUUGGCAAUGAAACGGGGCGAACCAACCGUGUACGAAACGGAGCAGGUUCUCUCAACAAUAACUCUAAAAUACGGCACUGGUAACCAUCCUCCACCACCCAACCUCAGCUCACAAGCGUCCGCUGGUGGCGGCGGUGGUCCCAAUUUUUUUUCAGUGCCUCCGCCUGGAUCGAACUACGGAGGUUAUCACCGAAGCAAUCAAAUGUACAAUAAUCCUCCGCCGAACGGGUUACGAUACGGCGCUCCACCGCCCCCUUCCUACAACAGACGAAAUCCAAUCGGUAACAAAUCGGAUUACCCGCGUGGAUAUUACUACAAUCACCAUGUGCCAGCAGUCACUAUGCCAACGGUUUAUAAAGUUACUCUACACGUGGGAGAGCGAACGUUUCUGGGAGAAGGACAUACGCUGCAGGCAGCACGGCAUGAUGCGGCUGCGCGUGCGCUUGAGGUGCUAAAGCCGCUCACUCCCGACACGGCCAACGCUCUGUCCGAGUGUCACGAUACUUCGAUCGACAGUGAUGAUCCUAACUCGGAGCUAAAAUCCCCAAUCUCACUUGUACACGAGAUGGCACUAAAGCGCAAACUCACUGUUCAGUUUGAAGUACACGGCGAAAAAGGCCCUCCACAUAUGAAAGUUUUCACGACGCUUUGCAAGGUGGGUAACAUUGUGACUGAAGGUGAGGGAAACGGUAAAAAACUGUCCAAAAAACGAGCGGCGGAAAAGAUGCUGGAAGAGCUGAGGAAACUUCCACCAACUUCACCGGAGAAGAGCACUCGUACAUUGCUGAAACAGAAGCGCAAAGUUCCAUUACCGAAAAAGAAAACACGUAACCUCAUCAAGGAAAAGGCGGAUGAAGAUCCUAUGGAUAUGGUGAAUCCCAUUAGCCGGCUGAUGCAGAUUCAACAGGCACGCAAGGAGAAGGAACCGAUUUAUACGCUGUUAGAGGAACGCGGUGUCGCUCGGCGGCGUGAGUUCAUCAUGGAAGUAGCCGUCAGCGGUCAAACUGCAACCGGCGUCGGGCCAACAAAGAAAUUAGCCAAGAAAGAGGCAGCCGAAAACCUGCUGGUGAUGCUCGGUUACGGUCGCUCGACAGUGGCAAACUCUUCCACGUCACCUAACAAGGAAAACAUGCCCGGAAGUGCCAACGAGGUCGGGGAAAAGUUCAAUCGAAAAGUAACGUUCAUCGAAAUUGUUCCUAGCGCACCGGCCGGAAAGCAAGGAGGUAGCUGUGGGCGCCAAAUUGUACCAGGAGUACUACAGUUGAAUUCUGGAAUAUCAAACAAAACGAGCUCGACCGUACCCGUUAAGGAUUAUCCACAGGAAAAUAGUACCGAUGUGGAUGCUUCUAGUGUAGAUGUUUCGUCUAAACCGCCAGUUGGCAAUAAUUCCAGUACAGUUAAUGGAGGACCCUCUAGCACCUCAGCGGCAGCUACGCCGGCUGCAAGUUCAAAUCCAGAUAUUGGCCGAAAAAAGGAACAGCUCAUGUACUUGGCACAGCUGUUGAAAUUUGAUGUAAUGUUUUCGGACUUCCCGAAAGGUAACCACGGUGAGUUUCUCACACUGGUGACGCUGUCUACGGAACCGCCACAAUUGUGUCACGGCAGUGGCGCAAGUCUGGAGGAAUCCCAUGACGAGGCCGCCCGGGGAGCGCUGGAAAUCCUCAGCAAAAUCGGCCUCGAUAAUGUGAAACCCAAAGGCAGCGGAAUGGUAGCAGGAGGAGGAGAUGAAAGUAAGUCCAAAUCUGCUCUGAGCAACGGGUUGCAAAAGUAGAGCUUUAAGCUCAACCGCGAAUUUGGGUAAGGGAAUGUUAUCUUACGUACUUAUUGGUAAAGUAAUGUAUGAGCUAUUUUUUUCCGUUGAUGCAUCGUGCUCAGAAAGUUAGACACUUGUUUUAUGUCAUGAUUUUCAAAAUUUUUUGAAGAUUCAUUUCAUCUACUUACAAUUUGUUGUUGUUGAAAGUUUCACAGUUAUGUUUAAAAUAUAUAUAUUGAAGACGUGAAUUUAUUUCGCUUAAAAGAAAAAUAUGAAUACGCAUUUAUCUCGAAAGUGUCUAGAGAGCCAUGCUAUCUUCAUUGAUUUGUCUUCUAGUUUGUAGUUUUGUACAAACUACGAAAUACAAGGAUUCGAAAGCUGAAACAUUAACUAAACAUAUUGAAAGCAGAAGUAAUCAUAUAAGAAGAAAAAAAGUGCUAACAAAAAAGCGCAAACGGUAACACAGCACCAGUUGAAAUAGAAACCGGCUACGGAGAAGUGCUGCUCGUAGGCGAUUUCUAUUGAACCGGUGUGUAGGAUCUCGCCCAGCGCAGGAAUCCACAACAAGGGACUCCCACUGGAUGAGAACUUUUGAUGAAACAGAGCUAUCAGAAUCGCGUUCGUCACUAGUGAAUUGAAAAUUGAUUACCAUUUACCUAAGCGAAAGUAUUAUUACUCGAUGAAACUCGAAGAAGAGAAGCAACAAAAAAUCUUGAAGGUUCUUAAUCAUAUGGAAUCGGUUUGCGCCUAGCGGAUAUAUCAGCAGGCAGAUAAUCGAAUAGUAGCCACAUAAUCUUGGACCGGAAAACUACCGGGGAGAAACAAUGGGUAGUAAGUUCUAGGCGGUAAUCUUGAUCGCUGACUGACUGAGAAGGCUUGAUGGAAGGAGAGGAAGUUGUAGUAGCUCGGGGCAGAGAGAGCGAGGAAGAGCCGUCAGUCAGCCGAUCGACAAAAAACAUUUUAUAUGCUAUUAUUUUAAUCGUAGUUUGUGUAUUGUUUAAAAACCUUCAUAAUGUCAAGCGUGUUACUAGAGAACACUAAGCAGCGGUGCACGCCAUAGGCGGUAUCGCUCGUACAAUAAACUCUCGAAACUGUGUGCCUGUGGGGUCGCAUUCUUGAUGCGUUGGAGGUGUAGUACUAGAGUAAAAGCAAAAAUCGGCGAAGAAAACUGUGCGAUGCCCGAUAUUUCGGUUGUGCUAUUGGAUUGGAAAUAAGAUUUUGAUUCUCGGAUUUGAUAUGAUUUGGUAAUAAAAUAGGGUUUGAUUCGGAAUCUAAAACAAGUCCGUUAAACAUCCUGUACUGAUUCAGAGCAGAUAUUGUGUUCGCCUUCUGCGCCAGUCUAAGAUGAGAUUGAUCAGUAAUAGGUAUCAGCAUCAAAAUUUUACUUUACUAAUAACUACAGCAUGAGUCUUUUUUCUCGAAUAUGCUUUAAAUCACUUUUUUUGUUAUAUUCUACAGUGGAAACUGGGCGGAGGGUUUAGAUAUAUUAUCAACAUUCAAACAAUCUAACUAAUCAUCUUAUGUGAGCCAUAGAAAUUAAAGGACAGAUAGAUGCAAAAGGGCUAUUGUUAUUCCUUUUUACAGCUUGUUGGCUUGACUGAAACCUAGUACUACACUCCUUAAUUUGAUAUAAACUCCCUACAGGAAAAAAAAUACAUCCGCAGUCGGGAUUUUACUGUACUCUUUAUUGUAUCAGGCGCAUACCGGGGAGUGUGUAUAGGCAAGUACUCUUCGUAUGCUUCCCAAACUGGGGCUUCUUCAUUACUUCUAUGACCUACACGCCACCCGGACAUGCGCCUUUCUAUACGUAUUUAAUCGUUGGUAAAUUUAAGUGUGUUUCUACUAGUAUAUAUCUAUAAGAAAUAAUGUAUUUUUUCAGUACUAUUAUUCCUAUCCAUUUUGUCCGAUUUCACAUACAUACAAGAACAACUCACAGUAGACAUUUUUGAUUCCUUCCCGAAGUACACAUAGUCACAUACUAAAACCAUUCGUUUGCAAACGAGAUAUUUUUCAUCGUAACACAAACAGUACUAAUAACAAUAGUUAAAUACAAGAUAGCAUGCCAACAUCCCAUAAUACGCAACAAGCCCCAUUUUACACGCAUGGUCCUGCGAAGACAAAAAAUACAUUUUUUCCGCGAUAUUCAAUACGUUAAAUAACCAAAACAACACCGGCAAGCAUACUAAACUAACAAAAGAAAACGGAAACGAAACAAGCAGAAACACAUUUCAUUUCUCAAAAAUAAAGAAGAAGAAAAAACCUAAUUAUAAUUCAUGUUAGGCACAUGGUAAUUGAUGAUUAAGAAAAAGGAAACGAAAAAUGCAGAGUAUUUUAUGGUAUCAAGCAAAAAGGAAACCCAACCUUUUGGGAUCAUCGACCAAAAGUUCGAACGAAAAAAAAAGUUGAAGAAUUUCUGUUCGCUGCUGAAGUUAGUUAGCAUCCCGCAUAGUUAGGGCUCGAACUUUUGUGUCUUUGUCAACAGUAAUCCGUUCAUUUUCUAAGUAGAAACAGAAAAACAGAGGCAGAAGCUAUGAAAUCUUGCGUUGAUCCCAAAUCUUACCGUGCUGGUGUUCGUCUUUCUCAGCGAACGCAGAAACGCAGACAGCAGCAACGGUUGAAAAUCUCAUAUCUCAUUAUAAAAAACAUUCGACGAUUGGAGGAUUCUGUUUCGUUUCGGAUACUAAAUGUUAACCUCUUUCUGGUUUGUUUAUAUAGAUCAAAAUUUGUUACCUGUUUUGUUUGUCGUUGAAAAUCGUUGGAAAAUGGAAAAUUGUCGAAUGGUUUUUAUAAACCCCUCCCCCCAACAAAAGUAGAAAAUUUGUUCGCCGCUUGGGACAGCACGUUUGUGUUCGAUCUCCUCUAUUUACAUGAGAAACAAAGUGAGGAAAAUCCUUGGUUUAUUCAUAAUACCCUUAUGUUAUCUCGUUUGGAAGGCACCAAUGCAGAAAAAACUCAAAUUGUCCCCUUAAUAAUAAAACAAAAAUGGAACAAUGUGUCAGAAGUCGGA